GUCAUUUUGCCACGCGAAUCAGAGUCGACGCUUGUGGGCUCAGCCAUCUUAGCAGCAAAUGCUGCUGGAGAUUUUAAUUCCAUAGAAGACGCUAUGACGGCGAUGAGUGCAUCUGGAAAGACUUUUUAUCCAAAUAACGAUUUGAAAAGAUUCUACGAAAAAAAAUAUGAAAUUUUCAUGAAGAUGCAGGAAGAUCAACUUGUAUAUCGUCAAAUCAUGGCGUCCUAGCAAAUUUUUGCUCAGCUGUCAUGGAGGAAGCUCGUGAUAAUAAAGUUAGAUGAUUUGUAUAAGUCAGAUGCUUUCCCCAAACAAAGUUUUGUCGGUGAUUGUUGUGCCACUUGCCUUAUACACAUUCACUAUCGUUUAUUGAUUGUUAACUAUAGAAACUUCUGUAAUUACGAAGUAUCUUUGUCAUAAAUUAAUUUUUAAGGCUGAUGAUUUUUGCCCUAUGUAAUCUUAAUAUCUUCGAUGAUGAAAUUGUCUCGCUUACCUCUUUUACCAUGUUGUUGUACAUGAUUCUGCAUUGUAUUUUGGCAGAUGGAAAUCAGUUUGUCAUUACGCAAUUGAUUAGGCUUUCAAAAUGCAUUAGUACCACGAACAACUUCGUGUUUUGAUUCCUAUUAUCAAUAUGUUUGCUGGUGAAUACAAAUCCAAACCUAAAGUUUCUUUACGAGGUGCAAGUAAAACGGAAAACAUUACAGCAUUGAUUCAUAAAAAACAAAUAGAAAGAGAGAAGAGAGAGGAUGGGAAAAAAAGAAGAAUUAGUGCAUUGAAAAUUCAAGCACAAUUACGGGGAUACUGGGUUAGACAACAGCAGUAUGAUGCUCAAAGGAUUGCAUUUGAUGAAAUUUGUUCACAGUUAAAUGAAAAUGUUUCUCCAAAUAAUAAAACAAUUCAUUUGUUACUAACAUAUUUUAUUUUCUUUUACUCUGACAAAAAAGACUCUGAACGAUUGAUUUGGAUUUGUCAUGUAUUAUUAAAAAAUCAUGAUAAAUUGUGCGUUCAGAAUCAUGAAAGGUGGACAUUUCAUAUGAAGAAACUUUUAUGUCAUUGUAGCAGAAAGUUAAUGGAGUCAGUGUCAAAGAGUCGACCAUUUGCAAUUCCUCUGCGUAUGCUCGAAGUUUUUUCAUCACCUGACAACAUUGAUCGUAUAUCUGGUUACCAUUCAAAUUAUUUUGCUACAACUGUUACUUCGUAUUUAGUAAAAAAUGGUUAUUUUAAUCAUAUACGAUAUGUUUUGGAAAAUCGUGUUCCAUCUUCGUUACAACAUGGAUUGUCCACUCAUCUUGCUGAUUCUCUUGUUUGUCUUCUACAAAUAUCCCUACAAAAUAUUAACAGUUUAGCUACUGAAGAAAAGAGACUUGCUAUUCUUUGUUCGUUUGUCGAAGCUUUCCUUGUACCGAAGCUGUCACCUCAAGUCAAAUGUUAUAUUCUGCCACAAAUUCAAACUCUUCACAAUUUUCCAUUCAUUGACUUUGUGAAGUGCGUAAAGAUUGUUCAGUGCCAGUUUAGUACUUAUAUCUUGUUCUCUUUCUUGAUGAUUGUUCAAUCACACAUGGAUGUACUCAAAGGUCCCCAGGCAAUGACACUUUAUCUUAAAACUCUAAAUGAAAUGUUAAACAAAUUACCCAAAAAAAUAGAAAAAGUUGAGAUUGAAAGUGAUAUUGAAGAUUCAGAUGAGGAGUUACCAACCAUUAAUAAUACUUUGGAAAAUGAUAGUGAUGAAGAAGAAAUCAUUGAACAAUGUUUGCAUUUGCUUAACGAUGAAAAUCAUGUUAAAUUGAUAAUUUCUGCUUUGGAUUUAAGCCAAAAUGAAGACUGUAUUCGAUUGAUUUCUCUUAUUGGUAUUUUUUUAAUAUUUCAUCAAAAGUGCCACAUUCACGAAUCAAGGCUGCUGUUGACGUUAUCCUGUAAUUACGGUUUCUAUAAACGAUUAUGGAAAAUGAUACAAACAGUAUCUAUACAAUCAAGUGUUGGGAAAGAAAUUUGUUUACUAAAAAUCUUGAUACAAGGAAGCAAUCUUCGAAAUUGGGAAGCUGAAUGUAUUGCUCCACUUCUUGCAAUGUUUUCUUUUCUACUUGCCAAUCUUUUGUUUUCUCUUCAUGAUAUGGACUUUGUGGCGAAAGAUUUAGGAACAAAGAUUCCAUUUACACUAGAAGAGCUUUCGUUGAUCGGGAAAACGCUGUGUGAAGUUACUUUGGGAGUUGUUGAGAUAAUGAAUCAUGAUUUGAGAACAACAACUGUUCCUAAUUACAACAUCAGAGACACACAAAAUAUCGAUGAAACUAGAUGGGAAAAUGCAAUGUAUAGUCCAAAAAAGUGGUAUAACGUACUUAAGGAAAUGACACAUGUGAUUAAGCAAUUACAUUCACGUGACACAAGACUACAUUAUUGUCCUCCAAAUCAUUGGUUGUCGUCAAAGAUUGACGUUCAAGCGGAUCUGGUUAAUCUGGACAUGUUCUUUGAAGAUAAAGACAACAAUAAACCAAUUGAUUUAUUGCAAGGAAUUCCUGGAGUAAAAUUCGUUCAAGUUGCUAUUUUAGAUCAUAUUCCUUUUGUUGUACCUUUCAUUGACCGUGUGAAGUUGUUUCAUCGAAUUUUAAAAGAAGAUAAACAUAGACAUGUGUCAAACAUACAAAACCCUCUUAUCGAUCAUUCUAAUGACAUUCGCAUCAGACGAACGUUCGUAUAUCGAGACGCUUUUGAUGAAUUAUCUGGGGAUAGAGAUUUUAGGCAGCGAAUUCAUGUGACAUUUGUCAAUAAUCAUGGUUUACAAGAAGCUGGAGUUGACGGUGGUGGCGUGUUUAGGGAAUUCUUAAACGAAACUCUCACCGCUGGGUUUGAUCAAAAUAUUGGAUUUUUUUCAUCUACAAAGGAUGAAUUACUUUAUCCCAAUCCACAGGCUUACAGACUCGAUGAAAAUGCGUCCAAGCAUUACAAUUUUCUUGGUAGAAUGCUGGGAAAGGCAUUAUAUGAGAAUAUGUUAGUGGAACUUCGGUUUGCUGAGUUUUUCCUUUGUAAGAUAUUAAGUCAGUGUGAAAGUGAUGUAGAUAUUGUUCAUUUGGAGUCCCUUGAUCCUGAAAUGUACAGAAAUCUUCUGUAUUUGAGAGAAUAUGAGAAUGUUGAAAGUCUUGAACUUGACUUUACCACCGUUAUCAGUUAUCUUGGAGAAUCUCAGGUUGUUGAGUUAAAACCUGGAGGUCGUCAUUCUCAUGUUACAAACCAAAAUAGAAUUGAAUAUAUUCAUUUAAUGGCAGACUACUAUUUGAACAAACAGAUUCGUCACCAUUGUAAAUCAUUUCGUGAAGGAUUGUCGAGCGUUAUUGAUAUUUCCUGGCUUCGUAUGUUCGAUUCAAAUGAAUUACAGAUUCUUAUAUCUGGUGCUCAAGUCCCCAUUGAUAUUCAAGAUCUAAAGGCCCAUACGUUUUAUGCUGGUGGUUUGAGUGCAGAACAUGAAAGUGUUCGACAUUUUUGGUCAGCUGUUUUAAGUUUUAAAGAAGAACAACGUCGUCAGUUGUUGAAAUUUGUCACUAGUUGUUCAAGACCACCUCUCCUGGGAUUUAAGGAAUUGCAUCCUCCGUUUACCAUUCAUGCUGCUGGCAAAGAUGACCGUUUACCUACAGCAAGUACCUGUGUUAACUUAUUGAAACUUCCUGAGUAUCGCAGUGAAAACACAAUGCGUGAGAAACUCCUCUAUGCUCUUCAAUCUGGUGCAGGAUUUGAACUUAGCUAGCUGAUGUGAGAAGAGAGUAUUGUCGAUUUCUUCGCUGCUGUGAAAAAGAGUAGCGAUCUCGUCCUCAUAUGUUGCUACAUGUUGAUUGCCACUUUCUUUGGGGGUUAAUAUUGUGGAAAUAUUGCAGAAUGUAGAUAAUGUCAGAAAACGUGUCAAUGAUAUUAACGGUCUUUGAACAUUUUUUUACUGAUUAUUAAUAUGGAUAAAAAGUAAUCCUGCAUAAUGUAACGAUUUAGUUGGAAUUAGUGUGGACAGGAAAUGAACGAAAUUCCUUUUUAGAAAACUCGUCAAGAGUUACACGUAUAGCAUAGAGAAAAGACAUGUCAGGCUAAGCUUAUAUCCAGUGCUCUCACUUUUAAGGAAUUAUCCUUAAAAAUAGGAUUUUUUAAAGGUUUUAAGGAUAUUUUCGAGGAUGUUUUUUUUACUUUAAAUCAAUAUACAUUUAAUAAUAUUUAAUUUAUCUUCACAAAUACAACGUUGAGCCUGUA